AUGACGGAGUAUUAUUAUUGAAAAACAUUAUCAACCCCGGGAAUCGUUCCCCCCUUUCUGUUCUUUCUGACAGGUAUUGUUUGCCACCGAACGUAAUUCACCAUGUCCACGGCCAUUCGACUGCGUCGACUUGGCGCGAUCGCUGCUCUCUCUGGUGGAGCUUAUACUCUCAUCCGCGACCCCUCUUUCUCCUCCAACGACCACGGCACCAACUCUGCUUUUGAUGCCGUGCAGAAGAAGAUCGCCGACCCUUUCGCUGUCUUGCCGCGCCGAGCCGAUCAGGAGGCGGCUUUGAUCGGAACCAGCGCUGCCAAUCCUCUCGAUAUUCUCGUUGUUGGCGGUGGCGCCACAGGCAGCGGCGUCGCCCUGGAUGCUUCCACCCGCGGUCUCCGAGUUGGCCUUGUUGAGCGUGAGGACUUCGCUUCUGGUACCUCCUCCAGGUCCACUAAACUAAUUCAUGGAGGAGUUCGCUAUUUGGAGAAAGCUGUUUUUAACUUGGACUAUGGGCAGCUGAAGCUUGUCUUCCAUGCCCUUGAGGAACGUAAACAGGUUAUUGACAAUGCACCACACCUCUGCCAUGCUUUGCCUUGCAUGACACCAUGUUUUGAUUGGUUUGAGACGAUCUACUACUGGGCGGGUUUGAAAAUGUAUGAUCUGGUCGCAGGACGACGCUUGCUGCACAUGUCCAGAUAUUAUUCAGCAAAAGAGUCUCUGGAUUUGUUUCCCACACUUGCAAGAAAUGUUAAAGAUAGAACCUUAAAGGGAACAGUGGUAUAUUAUGAUGGACAGAUGAAUGACUCAAGGCUAAAUGUUUCAAUAGCACUGUCUGCUGCAAUAGCUGGAGCUGCUGUUCUUAACCACGCUGAAGUAGUGUCCUUUCUCAAAGAUCAGGAUAGUGGGAGGAUAAUCGGUGCUCAUAUUCGGGACAAUCUGUCAGGAAAGGAAUUUGACACAUAUGCAAAAGUAGUCGUGAAUGCGGCUGGGCCAUUCUGUGAUUUUGUUAGAAAGCUAGCCAAUACAAAUGCAAAACCUAUGAUUUGUCCAAGCAGUGGUGUUCAUAUUGUGCUUCCUGAUUACUACUCACCAGAGGAAAUGGGUUUGAUUGUGCCCAAAACAAAAGAUGGUCGCGUUGUUUUUAUGCUUCCUUGGUUGGGGAGAACAGUUGCUGGCACCACUGAUUCAAACACCAGUAUUACAUUAUUGCCUGAGCCUCACGAAGAUGAGAUUCAGUUCAUAUUAGACGCGAUUUCUGAUUAUCUUAACGUUAAGGUGCGCCGAACAGAUGUUCUUUCUGCCUGGAGUGGUAUUCGCCCUUUAGCUGUGGAUCCUAAUACCAAGGAUACAGCGAGCAUAUCCAGAGAUCAUGUUGUCACUGAAGAUUUCCCUGGUUUAGUUACCAUCACUGGUGGAAAGUGGACAACAUAUAGAAGCAUGGCAGAAGAUGCAGUUGAUGCUGCUAUAAAGUCUGGAAAGUUAGGAGUAAGCACUAAAUGCUUAACAUACAAUCUACAACUGAUAGGUGCAGCUGGAUGGGAUCCUGCAUCUUUUACGAUCCUUGCCCAACAGUAUGUGCGCUUAAAACAGUCACAUGAUGGGAAGGUUGUUCCGGGAGUGAUGGACACAUCUGCUGCCAAACAUCUCUCUCAUGCUUAUGGUUCUCUUGCUGAAAGAGUGGCUGUCAUAGCUCAGGAUGAGAAGUUGGGUAAGCGGCUUGCGCAUGGAUACCCUUUCUUAGAAGCUGAGGUUGCAUAUUGUGCUCGCCACGAGUACUGCGAAUCUGCAGUGGAUUUCAUUGCCAGACGGUGUCGUCUUGCAUUCCUUGACACUGAUGCUGCAAGCCGAGCUUUGCCACGCAUAGUUGAGAUAUUGGCAGCAGAGCACAAGUGGGACAAAUCUCGACAGAAACAAGAACUCGAAAAGGGGAAAGAGUUUCUUGAGACUUUCAAGUCAUCCAAAAAUGCGCAGUUCCAUGACGGGAAACACACAUAACCAAAGUUGGGGACAUGAGGCCGGCCUGAAUUCGGGAGGCAGAUGCAAAUGAAGAUUAUGCACCCUUGUCCCUUUUAUAUGAUUGUUUACUUACACGUGUAUUUUUUAUUUUUUAUUCACUUUAUAUGUAUAGUUCGUACAUAAUAGCAUAUUUAAUUUUCUGAAAUCAGAAAAGUAACUCAAUAAUUGAUAAUAAAGGGUAAAGCAACAUAUUGUACUGGCUAGUGGCUAACGAGAGUCCGGUCCAUCAUAAACUUGAGUGCUGAUUCUGCUGAAUGUGUGUAUUUUAUGAUCCUUGUAUUGAUAAGUCCCGAUAAAGUUUCCUAA